UCUGAGGAAGAAACUGCAUCUUCACUCGCCAGCCACGAGAGGACCUGGGGUCGCGCUGGGCGCCCGACGGACCCGCCUCAGGGACCCGUCUGCCCCACACCGACCGGCCCUGCCGGGCCCUCCGCACCAGGUGCCCCAGCCGCAGCCUUACCUGCGGGCUCCAGAAUCCUCAGGGCUUCCAGAGGAUGCUCGGGCCACCGACAGGGACCUCGGGGCAGCAGUGAGGGGGGCACACAGCCCCCCAUUCAGCUCCUGCCCUCCUGUGCCAGGGGCUCCCCCGGGGUACGAGCAUGGUGGUUUUCCCUUGGAGCCCCCUGGCUUGGUACGUCUGAGAAGAUGCCUGCCAUGAGGCUGUUCACUUGCUUCCUGCAGCUCCUGGCUGGGCUGGCCCUGCCUGCUGUGCCCCCCCAGCAGUGGGCCUUGUCAGCUGCGAACGGCUCAUCAGAGGUGGAAGUGGUGCCCUUCCAGGAAGUGUGGGGCCGUAGCUACUGCCGGGCCCUGGAGAGGCUGGUGGACAUCGUGUCUGAGUACCCCAGCGAGGUUGAGCACAUGUUCAGCCCGUCCUGCGUCUCCCUGCUGCGCUGCACGGGCUGCUGUGGCGAUGAGAACCUGCACUGUGUGCCAGUGGAGACAGUCAAUGUCACCAUGCAGCUCCUGAAGAUCCGCUCUGGGGACCGGCCCUCCUACGUGGAGCUGACGUUCUCUCAGCAUGUGCGCUGCGAGUGCAGGCCUCUGCGGGAGAAGAUGAAGCCAGAAAGGAGGAGACCCAAGGGCAGGGGGAAGAGGAAGAGAGAGAAGCAGAGACACACAGACUGCCACCUGUGCGGCGAUACUGUUCCCCGGAGGUAACCAGCCCCUCGGAGGAGAGAGAGACCCCACACCCAGCUCGUGUAUUUAUUACCGUCACACUCUCAGUUAC